GUAUCAACGCUGUGAGCCCAAAGGUUCGAAAGGUGUUGCAGCUCCUUCACCUCCAGCAGAUCUUCAGUGGCACCUUCGUGAAGCUCAACAAGGCAUCAAUUAACAUGCUGAGAGUUGUGGAGCCAUACAUUGUAUGGGGGUACCCAAAUCUGAAGUCUGUAAAUGAAUUGAUCUACAAGCGUGGUUAUGGCAAAGUCAACAAAAAGCGAAUUGCCCUGACAGACAACGCAUUGAUUGCUCGAUUUCUUGGGAAAUAUGGAAUCAUAUGCAUGGAGGAUCUGAUUCAUGAGAUCUAUACCAUUGGAAAACGUUUCAAAGAAGCAAACAACCUCCUGUGGCCCUUUAAAUUGUCUUCUCCACCAGGUGGAAUGAAGAAAAAGACCACCCAUUUUGUAGAAGGUGGAGAUGCUGGCAACAGGGAAGACCAGAUUAACAGGCUUAUUAGAAGGAUGAACUAA